AUCACUUUGUCAUUAUGAAGAUUAGGAAGCACUGUGGGCUUGUUGAGGCGUGUCCCGCCUCCACUUGGCGACUAGGAGGCGCCGCUGACAGUUGUGUCGGUGGGUAGAGGGCGUCUACAUGCACUCCUCUGAGAACACUGAGGAUAAUGAUUGGUGUGUUGUUGUUGUGUGUGGCGGUAGUGAUGCUAGUGGCGCUGGCAGUGUCCCGACGGCGCCACAGCUACUGGUCCCGCCUUGGGGUGCCUACGCCGCCCUACCUUCCCGUCAUCGGCCACCUGCACAAGCAGUUAUCCAAGUCACAGAGACGAUGGAUGUAUUUUAACGAGGUGUACUACAAGCACGGUGGUGCCACCUUCUGUGGAUUGUACGAACUGUUACGUCCUGUCCUGAUGAUCGGCGACCCAAACCUUCUCAAACACAUCUUCGUUAAAGACUUCGAUCAUUUUGUUGACCGUCGUAUAACUACGUCGGCGGAUGAAAGCCUAAUGAAUGAAAUGUUGAGCAAUAAGACCGGUGACGACUGGAAGUCUCUCCGGUCCGUCAUGUCUCCCACCUUCACCUCGGGCAAGAUGCGCAGUAUGUUUCCUCUCAUCUGUGACAAGGCUGAUUCUCUCGUGUCCGUUUGUCUUAAGGAAUCUGCUCGGAAACCUUUUAUUGAUAUGAAGCAUAACUUUGGGUGCUUCACAAUGGACACUAUUGCUUCCUGUGCCUUUGGCAUUGAAUCUAAUUCUCUUGGGGAUGAGGAAGCAGAAUUUGCUAAAGUUGCAGAAUCCUUUUUUAAUUUUUCGUUUAUAAGGAUUGUAAAGUUUACUCUAUUAACCCUUUUGCCAAGUCUCUAUAACGCGCUGAGGCUUAAAACAGACACUUACCACAUUAAGUUCUUUCAAAGUGUGGUAAGUAAGACGAUAGCAGCCAGGAAGGCUGGUCAGAGAAGAGGAGACUUCCUUGACCUUCUCAUGGAAGCGCAAGCUGACCAUCUACCCGCCACCCUCAGUCAUUCCACCACUAACCACAGCAACUCUGCCACUGACAACCACAAUGGUCUCACUGCCACUGACAACCAGCAUUUCGUCAUAAAAUCUAAAGUGUUGUCAGAGAGGACGAUAGUGGCUCAGAGCGUGAUGUUCCUGAUAGCUGGUUAUGACACAACAGCCUCCACGUUGGCCUUCUCAUCCUACUUACUGGCCAAGAACCCUACCCACCAGCAGCGUCUCCGCCAGGAGGUAGAGGACAUGGUUAAGGAACACGGUAAUAUUACCUACCAGGGUAUCAUGGAAGCCAAAUAUCUCGAUGCUUGUCUCCAGGAGACACUGAGAUUGUACCCACCCGCCACCUUUGCUGAACGGCUCUGCACUAAGAAUUACAAGAUCCCUGGCACCGAGCUGAUCCUGCGUGCAGGUGACCUAGUGACUGUGCCCAUAUGGAGCCUGCACCAUGACCCUCGGUACUGGCCAGAGCCUGAAGAGUUCCAACCGGACCGCUUCCUGCCAGAGAACAAGACCCACAUCAAGAGUUUCACUCACUUGCCCUUUGGGAUGGGACCUAGGAACUGCAUAGCAAUGCGGUUUGCUCUUAUGGAAGCCAAGGUGGCCCUGGCCAAGCUGGUGCUAGCAGCAGACUUGCAUCUCUCACCUGGCCACAAGGAGCUGAAGAUUUCCUCAUCUCCCUUCAUCUUGAGACCAGAAGAAGGAGUCAACCUUGUCCUUAAGCCAAUCAUUGAAGCAGCACACAGCUAAACACCGAACCAUCCACCCAUCCCACCACCAUGCAACACCCACCACCCACUUCAUAUUCUUAACCAUUUGUGAUAGAGCUGGCUCUAAAUUCUUUGAAUUUUUUCACAUUAAUUUGUAUAAUUAUGUAGAGUAUAAGUGCUUUUAGGCUGACAAAGUUUACAAUUGGUCAGGUCUACAUCAACAGGAGAUGCAAACUCCCAGAGAUACAUAUAACCAAUUAAGCCUAAAGCUAGCAAUAUAGUUAUGUUUAUAAUUCUGCUAACCAUAUUGAAUGACACCUAGAUAUGUGGCUUUUUCUGCAUCGUAGUACAAUGAUAGAUGGUGUAGCAUAGCAUCUCAUCAUGGAUUGCUGCACUACUGAAGAUUAUGCAUUGAUCCUGGCCACUAGUUUAUAAGGCAUGUGAUAUAAACACAGAGUGGUUUAACUUGCUUCUUGGUGUAAAUCCACUUGAAAGUUUAUUUAAUCUUGGACUAUGCAUGUUCAAGACUAAAGUACACUUUUGAUGAUUGAUCAGUAAGCUAUUGACCUUAAUAACCUUCCAGAUGUUCAUAGGUAGUAAGCCAACACCAAACCAAACAAGGAGCAUUGGAUUCUCUAUGCUUCUGAAAGUAAGUAAUUAUCAAAAGGUACCAAGUUGGGGAGACACUGUAGCCCCAUCAGUAUUGCUGGAUAUUCAAAAGGUGUUAAAUAUCUCUGAGGAUGCCAAUACAAGAACAAAAGUACAUAAGAAGUAUGAUAUCAAAGGAAUUGAAUUCACAAAGGAUUCUAUCAGGAGACAAAUGACCAUGAGGAACAGUUAGGAAGAAAGACACAUGAACUUCCUGAAAAUUGAGACACUCAACAAGGAGAUGCAUGCCAGUAAGAGGGAUAAGGCAGUUUGGACAAUAUGGAGCAGUUUCUGUAUUGGGCCCGUAUUAAGUGCCCACAAGUGAGAUGUGUAUGGCUAAUACAUAACCUCGCCAGAGCCAUUUUCCCCACCAGUUACAGUGGUAGGUGGCAGACUACCCUUAAGAGCAUGCAGUUUGUUACCAGUAACACAAGGUCAAUGAUCCUGCCACAAGACAUGGAUUGAGGAAUGACAGGGUAAAAAUUGGAAAGUUCCUGAAGAAUACCUUUUUGGGAAGUAGGACAAGUACAGAUAGCCUCCUUAAUGACAGUGACCAUAUACUCAUUUGAGGGAACACCAAUAUGGCUGGGAACCCAGCAAAACUCAACAUGCUUAAAAUGGCUAGAGAUAAGAAAUGGCCAAUAUUGGAUUUUGAUGACCACAGGAUGCAUAGGAAUAAAUGACUCCAGUAUGCUUCUGAAAGAUGCUCCUCUCUUCUCCACUUCGAUCUCAAGCAGCAGUAUCGUUCCAGAUGCCAAGGACUUGUUACCCUUGCUGCAUCUCGCUAUGCCUUCCAUCUAAAAAAUUAUACUUGAUGCCAUUAUAAAGCCUUCAGGCACACUUCAGAGAAUAUAUAUUAUUGACUUGA